AUGAAGGUGAGCCGUCUACCGCGCUCGCUCAAGGGCGAGAAGGAAAAGUCGCAGCACGUCUCUAUCACGCCCAAGUCUGCCCUCGCCAUCUUGCCGCCCAAGAAGGUCAUAAAAGCGCUGUAUGACUACCAGCCAUCGCCAGAUAACAGAGAGGAACUCGCCUUCAGCAAGGGAGACUUCUUCCACGUCAUCAGCAGGGAAGACGACCUCAGCUGGUACGAGGCCUGCAACCCGCUCUUCCCCAACGCCCGCGGCCUCGUCCCCGUCGCCUUCUUCGAGGUCAUAGGCAAGAACCAGCGAGACAGCGGCGACUCCGUGCAUGCGCCGGUAGAUCUUCAGCAGCAGCAGCAGCAGCAUCACCACCACCAACCCAGGCUAGCUCACGACUCCGGCUUCUCCGACAGCAGCAAUAACAACAAGACAGAGGAAAAGGCGUCACACUUCAGGAUGUCGUCUCUAGGCAAAGCCGGUGCGGCGGCUAUGGUCUACGGCAUCGUUAUGUACGACUUCAACGCAGAACGGCCGGACGAGCUGGAUGCAAAGGCAGGCGAGGCCAUCAUCGUCAUCGCCCAGUCCAACCCGGAGUGGUUCGUCGCGAAGCCCAUCGGUCGACUCGGUGGGCCCGGCCUCAUCCCCGUCUCGUUUAUCGAGAUCAGAGACAUGUCCACCGGCAAGUCGGCUGCGGACCCUCUCGAGGCCGUCCGCCGCGCUGGCGUGCCCCGUGUCGAGGAGUGGAAGAAGAUGACCGCAGAGUACAAGAAUUCUUCCAUCUCGCUGGGCAAGUUCGAGAACGGGGCCCAGCAGGCCGCCGCCGAGCUCGAGCGCAUGAACCUCAAUUCUCGCUCCAAUGUCCAUCAACGAAACCCAAGCAAGGGAUACCCACAGCAGCAACAUCAACAACAGCAGCACUACCAAGUACCCAUACCCGUCCAGGCCUCGAUCCCCCGGUACUGCUUCGACAAUGACAAGUACUGGUACAUAGUCGAAGUUCAGAUGGAAGACGGCAGAUGGUGGGAGCUUUCUCGGUAUUACCACGACUUCUACGACUUCCAGAUUGCCCUGCUCUCCAAGUUCGAGGAAGAGGCCGGCAACAGAGGCGGCCAGCGUACUCUCCCCUUCAUGCCCGGACCCGUUACCCAGGUCACCAACGCCAUCUCAAACAGCCGCCGUCAGAGCCUCGACGAGUACGUAAAGCAGCUCCUCGCCAUGCCGCCGCACAUCUCGCGCUGCCAACUCGUCCGCCAGCUCUUCGCGCCCAGGCCAGGUGACUUUGAGAUCGAUCCCACAGUCAUGUCAGAUGACUACCGCCUCUCUACCGGCUCCCAGCAGUCCUCCGGCCACAACCCGUCGCGAACCGCUUCCCGACAGUCCUCUCAGGGCCAGAUGAACGCCGCCAGCCAAGGCUACCACCCUUCCCAACGCCCUACCCACCAACGCAACCAGGGUUCCAUCUCCCAUCAGCCUCAGCAGCUCCUGCAGCAGCAGCAGCAGCAGCAGCAGCCUCCACCCAUGUCUCGCCAGGGAAGCUCGUUCAACAGCAACAGUAACCAGAUGCCCUCCCAGAACCCAGGCGCAAUAAAGAUCAAGGUCUUCUUCCAGGACGACAUCAUCGUCAUCCGUGUGCCAGACGACAUCAGUCUACGACAGCUGAUCGACAAGCUCAGAGACCGCCUCAAGGUCGACGCCAUGGUAGUCCGCUACAAGGACGAGCCCUCAAACUCCUUUGUCGAACUGCUCAACGACGCAGACCUCGAAACCGCCAUCCGUCGAAACGCCAAACUCAUGCUCUACGUCAGCACUGUGUAG